AGAAGCUCUCAUGGGUUCGCUUUGAAUUGCUCAACGGAACUUAGACGUAGGAGAAAAACAUCGACAAGAUGGCACAAGAAUUAGUCACUCUUUUUUGUUUGGUGUGCUACAGUUAUGAGAAUUUGAGAAACGGGCUAGAUAAACCGCAUACAGUGUUGAAGAGAUUUCAUAGCCUAGCAAUGAAAGCCACUUUCGUUCUGCUUUUAUUUGUCAUAGCUACGCUACAUUUCAUUCAAGCAAAGGUGAUUGCCCCUGUUAAACUAACCAUUCCACUAAGGCCUAAAUGCACGAUCAAUCGUCAUGGAAUAAAAUUUUCUGAAGAAAUGACGAGACCGCUUGCGAGCAAUCUUUUAUUGUGCGAUUGCCAUCGUAUCGAUGUUUUCUUUGGUGUUUCAUGUAUUUUUUGGGGAACUUUGUCUAUGAGUGAAACAUAA